AAAGUUGUUUCUGCAAACAACAACAUGGCCGAGUGUUUACUUUAUAUUGUUGAAAAAGUAAAUUUACCAGUUCAGCCUAACAUACAGAUCUCUGUCAAAGCACAAAAUUCAAGUAUCGAAGACAAAUUCAUAGAAACUGUGGAAAUAUUCCGAAGAAAUUAUAAAGAAUUCAUAAUGGAUUUACUGUCUGAUGGAAAUGGUGGCUUUGAUAUUAAUUUCAUGAUAUUUUUCAUCGAUUCGGUGAAAUCAUUGGAAUAUUUGGUGCAAAGAAACCAACAAUAUAAGGCUGAAGUUCUUACAAUAGAUGGCUCUGCGUAUUAUCUCAUUAUUUUUCCAAAAACACUUCAAUCAUCCACUGUUUUUUUAAAGCAAAUAUUUGAUUUUUGUUUAAAGCAAUCUAUUCUCAAUAUUCUUCUACUUCAAGAGAAUGAGGCUGGAAAAAUUUUCUUGUACACUUAUUAUCCAUUUACUGAAAACAAUUGCGGAAAUACUCUACCAGAAGUACAAAAUAUCUUCUCAAAUGGAGUUUUCCAACUCGAUAAGCCCUUGUUUGAACAGAAAACUAAAAAUCUUCAAUCGUGUCCUGUAAAGGUUAUUAUAAUAAAGCAUUCAGAGUUCAUCAAUCCAAUGCGACCAGCUAUAUUUGAUGACAUCCUUCUAAAGAUUCUGGCUAAAAAUAUGAACUUUUCAAUACAAUACAAAAUGUCUAAAGGAAGAGGUGCAGUCUAUAGUAAGGACAACAUGACCAAUGAAUUGAAAAUGUUACAUGAUGAAGAUGGAGAUUUAAUUAUUGGUUCUUGGUGCGCUAAAACUACGAAUUUGUUUUUUGGAUCAGUGCCAUACAUUUUUGAUAAUGAAUUAAUUGUUUUUAAGAAACCAGAGAAGUAUAAUUAUUUGGAUAUUUUAUUCUUACCAUUUGAUGUUACAACUUGGAUAAUGAUUUUGAUUUCUUAUAUUUUGAACUUGAUUAUGCGAUUAGCACUUCGCAAAAAUACUUCGUUAAGAUUGUUUUUAAUAACAUGGUUCUUUGGAGUGAUGAUCUUGAGCAGUUCCUAUGGAGGUUGUCUUUUUAAAUUUCUCCACCACCGACCUAGGAAAACUAUCCCGAAAAAUUUUGAAGAUGCCAUCGAUAAAGGUUAUAAAUUUGCAGUUUCAAGCAAAGAACUGUACAAUGAAUUGGAGGAUUUUCAAAAAUAUAUGAUCGAAGUUGGCGAGAAUAAUAUGUAUGCAGAGUUUAAAAGAUUGAAAGGCAAAUAUUCUUGGUUAAUUUCGGACAAAUAUUUGAACUCGUAUAAAGACAUGGGCUUGAAAUAUUUAAUUGCUGAGAAGUCACUGUAUACUUCAUUGCAAUGCAUUUACACGCGAAAGAACUCAUAUUUGACAUUGCAUAUUAGAAAGGAAAUUGAGCUGAUGAAUUCCAAUGGACUUUUAACCUAUAUUGAUAGGAUGUAUCAGACAAAAACUACAAAUAAAGAUGAGGAAAACAAACACAAUAUAAAACCAAUAUCAUUGUAUCAUUUAAAAGGUGUAUUUAAUUUAUACUUAAAAUUGAUAGGAAUAAGUGUCUUCAUAUUUGGAAUGGAGCACGCCUUAAGCAUUAAAAAUGUUUACUUCUUUAGAAACAAAAAAUAA